UCGUCAUUUUACAUCAGCCACGCUGGAUAACAAUCCGUGCAGCGUGUGGGCCACGAUCCGAUUGUCAUCGCUCCAUCUCCUGGCGGUCGGCAGUGGCAAGUCGGUAGGAGGCUGUGGCUGCUGAACCUGCUCUGCAGAGUUACCACACCGGUCUGACCGGAUCCAGACUUGGUGCGGGGUGGGUGGGUGAGAGCGCUGCUGCAUCUGUCCAGGCGUGUGCCCCAACCUGGGCUCGCUUCAGCAUGGAGCUGGCGUCCCUGAUCUCCGACGCGCUCCCCUGGGCCCCCCCCUCCCUCCCCCCGCUCCUCCCGCUCCUCGCCGGCGCGCUGCCGCUGCUGCCGCUGCUGCCGCCGCUGCUGCUGCUGCUGCUGACGCUGCGCGGGCUGCACCGGCUGCUGUUCGGCCCGCUGGAGGUGGUGCGGGCGAUGCACGCCACGGGCUACCUGCCCCCCGAGGCGGGGCUGACGCGGGAGGAGAUGGCGCGCAACGUCGCCCGGAGGCGCCAGCGCGGCGACCUGCCGCCCGUCUACCCCAACGGCUGGUACCGGGUCGUCGACUCGAGCCGCGUGCCACCCGGGCAGGUGGUGCCCGCGGUGCUGCUCGGCGAGCAGCUGGCGGUGUUCCGUAGCGAGCAGGGCCAGGUGAGCGUUCUGGAUGCCUACUGCCCGCACCUGGGCGCCAACCUGGCCGUGGGAGGCCAGGUGAGAGGCGACUGCCUCGAGUGCCCCUUCCACGGCUGGAGGUUCCGCGGCGAGGACGGCCGCUGCGUGCACAUUCCCUACUCGAAAAGAGUGCCGGAGUUUGCGCGCGUGCGCAGCUGGGCGAGCUGUGAGCGCAACGGCUGCGUCUACGCGUGGUUCCAUUGUGACGGCGUGGAGCCAUCGUGGGAGGUGCCCCAGGUGGAGGAGAUUGCCAGCGGCGAGUGGCGGUACAGAGGACGCACGGAGCACACCAUCAACGCGCACAUACAGGAGAUCCCAGAGAACGCGGCCGACGUGGCGCACCUCAACCACCUCCACUCGCCCAUCAUCCUCAGCGGCAGCGACCUGCGCUUCUCCAACUCCCCCCGCUGGGGCUUCACCAAGCACCUGUGGGACGUGCAGUGGAGCCCCGAGGUGGAGCCGAACCUGCACUGCUCCCGCAUGCUGCUGCACCACCGCGUCAGCGUCUGGGGACACGAGCUGCCACUCGCCACCAUUGACGUCGUCGCUCGCCAGGUGGGACCGGGCCUCGUGUUCAUGAACUUCGAUCACAAGCUGCUGGGCCGCGGAGUCAUCCUGCACUGCGUGACACCACUGGAGCCGCUGCUGCAGACGGUGACCCACACCAUCUACUACGCUCGGCGCGUGCCCGCACUCGUGCCCAAGAUGCUGCUCCGCCUGGAGUGCGUGCAGUUCGAGCGCGACCUGAUGAUCUGGAACAACAAGCGUUACGUGUCCAGGCCCUUGCUGGUCAAGGAGGACUCGCUCAUCUCACGCCACCGCCGCUGGUACUCGCAGUUCUACUCCGACAACAGCCCCCGCUACUCCAGGAGCCGCGACUCCCUCGACUGGUGACGUCCCUCACGGGGACCCCCGCAGGGACCCCCCGCGGGGACCCCCCGCAGGGACCCCCCGCAGGGACCCCCCGCAGGGACCCCUCACGGGGACCCCCCGCAGGGACCCGAGUUGGGAUUCCUCCUCGCUCGCAGCGAUCUCAGGCCAAUGACGCCGAGCCGGAGACAAAUCCUCUCCAUCAUGGGACCCCCCCAACUCCCCCCUCUCUCUCGUCGGGAUGUCUCCUGCAGGGUCCCUAUGGGAGGGGGGGGCCCUCGAUCACGUGGCCUUAUCACAGAGGGCGGGGGGGGGGUCACAAUGGCCGUGUCAGAGACACUAAGCCAACACGGGUUGAGCCCUCCAGGUUCAAGCUCUGGGUUUGGGUGUGAGUCUGUGUCUCUCUUGUGUGAGUCUGUGUCUCUCUGUGUGAGUCUGUGUCUCUCUGUGUGAGUCUGUGUCUCUCUUGUGUGAGUCUGUGU